AUGGAGUCUGAUCGGCAACCCGAGAAUGUGAACCUGCCAGGUCUAGAGAGGUUAGGGCUUCGCUCCUUUCUUCAUCUUGCGCAGGAUACAGAUGCAGACGCCCCAACACCCAGUGAGACCACAGGAUCUGGUUCCACCCUUCCACCCCCGACUUCUACCAGCCCCCCGCUAUCGAGCCAACAACACCAGCUCAAUAAGAGGCAGAGGCAGCGUCGCAUACAGUCAAGCGUCGGGCCAUCUAGUGGUCCUCGAAGGGGAAGGGGCUAUCUGAAAUCCCAAAGGUAUAUGGAGUAUAGGGCCCGGCCGUGGCGGGGAAUUGGGAAAGAUGGGGAGAUAGUGUGGUCAGACGAGCUGGAAGAUGCAUUUCAGCAAGCCCUUGGGGCAUACCCACCGAUGGGGAAAAGAAAGUUGACCGAAAAUGGGAAAUCGUAUGGCCGAAAUGAACUGAUUGCAGUGUUUAUAUAUCGGAAGACUGGCCAGCAGAGGACGAGAAAACAGGUGUCGGCUCACUUGCAAUUACUUGAUUCCUUUCUCAAGGGUGACCCGGACUGGGAAAGGCUCGUUCGAGAGCAACCAACCAACCAUUCAGAUGACCCGGCUCAGCCUCUUGGUUCUAUAUGGAGCUCGAAGGAAAAUGAUCCUUCUAACCACUACAGUAACCAUAUCCAUGCCGUCCAGUGCCUUCGCUUUGACAUGUGGGUGAAUACUCCAAACACGCCAGACCGAAUCGAGGAUGCUUUACAUGUGUAUACCCGUCUCCAGGGGGACCAGGGUUCACCACCAAUGCCAUUGGGGUACAUAGAGGGCUGGCGGACUCACUUUCCGCAUCUGGCUGCAUUACUCUCAAGCAUCAGAGGCCCUGUGGGGUGUGAUAUUAUACUAUUCGAAGCCAACCUUGGGUUGAUAGAUUACUUUCCUCCUGUGGGGUCGAGGCUAGAAAUUUCCCUGGAGCUGGACAGAGUCAAUUCCAUACCUGGUAUCCCACCGAUAAGUAGCAUGAUGAAAGAUUGGACGUGCAGCAAUUACAUAUAUGAAAACGGGCAGGCGACGAUACAAACAGAGCAUGAUCUCCCCCAGCCGCAUACCACCACAACCAUCAAGCCGCCGUUUGAGUCAUCAUGGUGGGCAAAGAUAUUCACACAACUUACCCAUCAGAAAAAGGAGACUGAAAAAACCGGACAAUAUGAGAUCAGUGAUGAUCCUACUCGGCAAUACUUUCGCUCCUUAAGCGCCGUUCAGGAGAUCCGGGCCCGUGACCCUUUGGGUCACGAAAGCAAGAGAAUGGCCAUCCUUCUCUGGAAGUUUCGACAGACGCGACCAGUAGAGAUUGGCACCACCACAUGGCGUUGGCUGACCACUUCACCUGAUGCAGUUGACCUUCCUCCACUUUCUUUGGAUUCGGUCCUACUACAUCAAGCUCCUCCCAGUCCCGUAUACCCUCACCAGGUCCUUAAAACUCAUGAUUCUCUGCAACACCCUGGUGCUGAUCACCAUGACUCUCAUCAACCCCGGCAACACCAACAACAGAGCCAUACGCACACCAACUUCACACCCCGACCACCCCCCACGCCACCCCCAGCCCUCGGCCAAACCAAACCGUUCACCUCCUUCUACGCAACGCCUCAUCUCCGCGAAAUAGCCUUAUCCGCAAAUCGCAAGGGCCGGGCGCGCUUUGCCUUUGGUCAUCCCAUCCCCGAUCUGGAAAAGCGGGACUUUGAGCUUCCGUCUGAGAUCAUCGAGAUCGCUGCGGAUCUGCGGAAACAAAGGCGGGUAAAGCAGGACGAUCAGAUGGGGAUAGCCUGCUUGUCUGGUGAUGGUGAUAUGGAUAAGACACGCCUCCAAUCACCUCUGAAGAAGGAGCUCAGAAUGGAACCCAGUAUCCCAGACGUAUAUUUACAGGAGUGGGAUUCAGAUGAGUCAAUGGGUCUGAGCAUGGAGAACUCUGGAGCAGCCGAUAUCGUACAACCCCUUGGGUUAACCCAAAUUGGAGCAUUCACUGAUUCUGGCUAUGCAUCUACAAAUCUUGACAAACAUGGAUAUGCUCAAAGUACUUCGGAUGCUAGGCUCGGACUUCCUACAGUUCCUGAACACGACUUACUAGAGGAUAUCGAAACUCCACCGACACAUGACUCCCUGGAGAUGACUGCAGGCCGAACUGUGUAUUCUGAUACAUCGAGCAUUGCUCCUUUGCGAAAGGAAAGCUACAUAUCUCUAUUUGGCGAAGAUUUGUUUAUGAAACUUGUCUCCUGGCAACCUGAUGCGCAGGCAAUGGAGAGAAUUUCCGAGGCUCUUCCUGAAUUGCUGAGAGCUUUCGCUCUCAAAAUUGGCCACAACGCACCCAGUCAGAUUCAUCGUGAUGUUAUGGUUUUUAUUCACAAGAACAGAGACAAUAUUGUGAGCAAUUUCAAAGAGAGGUGUUCCCAUGAGGAAGAAAUUCUUUCUGAGGAUGGGACUUCCGACUCUAUAGGAAUGCCUCUGGAUGAGAAAUGGGACCUAUGGAACAAGCACCUAGAAGAGCAGCAAGACCCCAUUACGCCUUCUCCUUGUAUUAGUGAGCCAACAACCGGCAAUACACACACACAGGAGGAACAAGAAGAACAGGCAGAACAGGACGAAGAAUCCGAUAUGCCUGAGUUCUCUGCCUAUAAAAAUUUCAUUUCCAAUGUCGCAUCAUACGAAUGGCUUCUUUCCAGCUUACGCAGAGAGCUCUUCCUGGCCCCAGCGAAGCCAAAUAUCAUGGAAGCUAUCAGGAAAAAGAUUAUUACCUCCCUGCCAUCUUCUCACAGACUCAGCAGAAGGUUAUCUGCAGAAGCCUACACCGUGACCUAUGUUGUCCAAUGGAAUCCGCUGGAUUUUCUCGAUGAACAAGGGUAUCAGGAGGAGCCAGGCGAGGCACUCAAGGGAGUCAUUACCCUUACGGGAUCAUCCGAGGAUGCGCAAGCCCUGUCUUGUGCACAAUACCUGUGCCAGACAUGGCCCUCAACAGGUGGACAUAUUCUUCAGCUAAUUAUGGAUAUCGCUCGCGCUGGACCUGGCAGUCGACAAACUUGUGAUUUACCCGACAAUACCAAGGUCGCAGCCUGGCUUAAUGCGUCAGGUUUCAACGUCGAGGCGUUCGGUACGGGAGACUCAGUGGCCGAGAUCGGUGAACAGUUUGCAUGGCUGGGUGCUGCUCUACGCUCUUCGCCAUAUGAACUUGGUAUUGCGUACUGCACGCCGAUUAUUAGUGACGUCCAUAUAUCUAGCGCCCCGCAGCAAGCGUCUCGGAGUCAGUCUUGCCCCCAUAUCCUUGGCAAGAUUGAUUUCGUCUUUCAGGAGAGAGAGAAGCAAUCCACAACGUCGAAUGCGCAAUGCUGGCACAACUUAUUCCGGAAUCCUGUUGUCGUCACAGGCUACCCAAUUUCAUGGAGAUCGGAGACCGGUACAGGCCUGGAGAUCCCACUUAACAUAAUGGCAGGAUUGGCCCGAACCAAGCGUGUCAACAGCUUCAACAAAAAGCUCUUUGUUAAGGGCUUUUCGACAAUGUUAAUUCCAACAAGACAGAAUGGACCCACGAUCCUCUGGCAUUUGAUGUAUAACAUAGAUCGAAGCCGCAUAUCCUACAUUCAACAUACUGUGCCUCAUUUAGAGGAUAUCAGCAUCUUUGACUUGGAAAAGGCUCGGCACGUGCUUGGGUGGUGUUCCGAAGCCAGAUACAACGCUGGGGCUGCGGAGGCCAACUAUCUAAUCACGCCGUCACGGCUCCCAAGACCGCCGGAGGGUUGCAUAUACAAUGAUGUCCGGUUAUUCAAGGGACAAAUCAUUCUUGGCAGCGCGUUCAGCAUGGGUCACAAAGACACCGCGAUCCAUAUAUCACGAAAUGGGUACAUAGAAAAGCUCAAGUCAAUCCGUCGGAGAUUCUUUGUGCUUUGGGACGAAGAAGACAAACGAGGAUGGUUAAUCAAUGGGGGCAGUGUUCUUUUACACUUACUUCGUGCCUCCCUGAAACACGACAGUAUGGAUGAACUUAGCACUGAAUUUCUCUUCAAUCCUGAGGAUCUGCAAGAAGCAUCUGAAAAUCGCAAGACUUUUUCUGCCAUAAAAGUACUCGCGAAUCAAAGCAACAGGAGGCUCCCAAUAUAUCUAGAAAAAGGAAACUAUCUUCGCCUGGAAGAUCGAGUCGUGGAGCUCUACGACACGUUGGAGAAAAUCAUGGACUACGAGGUCGGCAUCGCCACACCAAGCAGCGCGAAAUCAUCCAGAGCCCGAAAAUACCUGGAAGGUUGGGACUUCAAUGACUUGGCUACCUGUCGCGAUAUAUUCUAUCCUCGUGUUGCCAAGCUCGAAACAAUUGGCAAGGGCUGGGUUGAUUUCACCAGAGCUAUCCACGCAGUUACCCUGUUCGGUCGAUGCUUUGGCGAAGUCAUUGAACCUACCAGUACUGGCUCCUGUAAUAAAUGGACUGAAUUGCCAAAAGCCAUGUACUAUCUCGCCGCCUCUAUCCAUGACCUUAAAGAGAUCAUGGACAUGGAUGGAGAUUCAGAAGCAAGCCCGAUGGUAUUAGCACAUAACGUCAUUUGGCACAAUCCAGUUGCCUUUGGAUCGUGUCAGUGCGAAUUGGACGGACAGGAUGAGCACUCGGAUCUUGUUCAAGUUCUUCUGCCUUCAGCCUUUAGGAAGAGGCUGCCCAUCAAUCAUGAGUUUCCACUAGAUGCUCGUGGUGCGGCUAUUUUCGGCCACAGUGAGUACUCCAAAUGGUCCUGGAAAGAUACUGGAUAUCCUGAAGAAGGAGAAUCAUCGCCGCCAUCCGAGACAUCCGAUGCUCCUGAGACCGAGUUUCAUGACAGUGGGAUUGCGUCUGACACGAACUCAUCAGCUCAGAAGGGAAGCCAUAGUUCAGUAGCUUCCAGCUCUCAACAUCCAUCAAAUGAAGAUGGAGAGACUCUUACUCGGGAGAGUUACACGGUAGGGAUUAUAUGUGCCUUGCAAAAAGAGCUCCGGGCGGUUCGCAUCCUCUUUGACGACAGACAUGAAGAUUUAGAGAGGGCCGUGCGAGACACCAAUCAUUAUGCACUGGGUCGUAUUGCGCGUCAUAACGUUGUUGCUGCAUGCCUUCCAUCUGGUGAAUACGGCACAAACGCCGCUGCGGAUGUUGUGUCCCAUUUGACCAGGAGCUUUCCCGAGGUGAAGUUUUGUCUUUUAGUCGGGAUCGGGGGCGGAGUGCCUUCAAGAGAUAAUGAUAUCCGACUCGGUGAUGUUGUCGUCAGUCAUCCAACCGACAUCCAUCCCGGGGUCAUUCAAUACGACCUUGGCAAGAACAUGGAGGAAAACAAGUUCGAACGAACGGGUUCGCUUCAGCGUCCUCCGCGUUUCUUGAUGACCGCUAUCAGCACGUUAAUGUCGGAUCCUGAGCUUCCAUCCACACGAUUUCAAGGGUAUAUCAAGGACAUUACAGAGUGCAACCCCGUAUACAAGCAUCCCGGUGCCCGGAAUGACAAGCUUUUCGCCCAGUGCAGUGGUCGCCCUGUCCGAAGAGCGCGCCGCCCCGAAAUUCAUCCGCUGAUCCAUUAUGGCCUGAUUGCCUCGGGAAACAAAGUUGUGAAGGAUGCCGAGACGCGGGAUCAUCUGGGUGCAAAGUACAACAUUCUUUGCUUUGAAAUGGAAGCUGCUGGGAUCAUGAACGCCGUUCCUAGCCUUGUCAUUCGAGGAAUAUGCGACUACGCGGACUCCCAUAAGAACAAGCUGUGGCAGGAGUAUGCAUGCGCGACCGCUGCGGCAUACGCUAAAAUGCUUCUGUCGGUCGCAUGA